AGGUUUUGUGUGCAACUCGCAAUUAUUACUCAACAGCCAGCUCCCUGCAUCCAAUGAAGGGAAGACCUCAUUUCACCAAAAGAAAAGACUGCAGUGACACAUGGGCCAUGAACCGAGCCAGCUGCAACCCUAGGACAAAUGUGUACUUGUUCCACAGCUUGGAAAACAGAAAGCAAGAUGAAGAAUAUUAUGAUGACAAAUCAUUGAUUGCACAGCCCAUAUUUGUUUUCAAGAAGAAAGACCGACCUUGCAAGAGACCUGCAGAAGACUAUGAAUGCAAGACUGAAAAUGUUUUCUUGGAUUGUUCCAGAAAAAGGACAAGAGCUGCCUCAUUUUCUUUUCAAACAUCUAGCUCCCCGUCUUACGAAGAAACAGUACUCUCGCAAAAACGAAUGAGAUCAUCUUCAUUUACCAUCCUGCCAACAUUUCCACCAUCUCCACCAGUGAAAAAGAACAACAUAUUCAUGACAUCAGCAUUAUUGCACAAGGGCCCUGAUGUGAAUGCCACAGAAAAAGGUUUUUCAUCACCAACUAUACAACGGGUUGUUUUAAGGCCUGCCGUUUUACAGCCUCCACAAACAACUUUGUGUCGAGAAGUAAUGAAUAUAGGUGUUGAAAAUGUUCUGGAGGAUGAACAUAAAGCAAACUCUGAGGUAUCGGAAGAGACUUAUUCCCUCAGAAGCUGCUCGGAAAACACAUUUCUUUCUCUACCACUUCCAGGCCCUGAAACAAUAGACAACCAGAUAGCUGAAACCAAAACGUCUUCAAGUGAAAAACAGCUUAACUUUGUGUUUGGAGAAAAUAUAGUAGAAAGAGUUUUGAGGCCUGAGCAGCUUCCAGACCUUCCUUCUGCAAGUGAGUCAGAUAACAGUGAAGAAGAAGCUGCACUCACAAUAGAUUUUCCUACCAAUUCUUCAUGGACAACACCAAUUGUUGUCAAGAAUACAACACUAGUAGAAUCAGCUGCUGCUUACGCUUCUAAGAAACCAACACAGCAAUAUUUAUUAGAUAAAGUGGAAGUUAGUACUGGAGAAGAAGCAGAACACAAUGUGUUGCAGAUCAAUUGCAAGCUGUUCUUCUUUAAUAAAGCCUCAAUGUCCUGGAUUGAAAGAGGCAGUGGCUCUUUGAGACUUAAUGACACAUCCAGCAGCCAGUGUGGGAUGUUACAGUCAAGACUGGUCAUGCGGAAUCAAGGAAGUAUGAGACUCAUCCUGAAUGCUAAACUGUGGACCCAAAUGAUCAUACGAAGGGCAAACCGGAAGAGUCUGUGCAUCACAGCAACUGAUCUGGAGGACCGUUCUGUGCAUGUGUUUCUAAUGCAGGCAAGUUCCAAAGACAUUGGUUCUCUGUAUGCAGCAAUCCACCAUCGUCUGGUGGCGCUCAGGAGCUUUGCUGAACAGGGAUGCGAUGCAAGCCAGGUGGAGCCGGAGCUACCAAACUGUGACAGCGAUGAGGAAGAGACUGAAAAAAUAAUUCACAUGAAGGAUAAUGAAUCAGAUCGUUCUCAAUGGAUCCGCAGACAGUCUGUGGUUUGCUCCUGACAACGUACUACCUCUAACUCAAGCAAUAAGGACAGAAACUCAUCUUGUUGAACUAUCCCUAAUGGAUCUCACAGACCUGAGGAAGUUUUGUGCAUUUGCUUUGUUAUUAAGGAGGCCCAGAUGAACUUAUCCUGAUUGAUAUUAGAAGCAGUAUAUUAUAUGUGAAGAUGCGCUUUAAGGAUUCCAAACAGCAUUCCUUUUCCUUGGCUUGGAUAAUAUCAGAGAAUGGUCCCAGUUCUUUGAGAAGUACAUUUUUUAAAGUUUCAAAUUUUGGUAUGAAUCAACUUUAAGACCAAUUUUAAAGGGAAAAAAAGAUCAUCCCAGUCCAGCUUUUUCCAUCACAUUGAUGGAACCCAUCAUUUCCGUAUGGAUUAUUUAAUGUGUUAUUUCUAAAUAUUUAUCUAUACAACGGCACUUUCUGAAAAUCUGUGUAAAAUCCACUUUGGACGUGAUUCGGAACAUUUUU